CCAACCACAACUGAAUUAAAGAGAGUAAAAACAAUGAAUUAAAAAAAUUUAGAAAUGUUGCUAUGCUCAAUUUCAAACUUGGUCCACUCACUAAAACAUGAAAUUCUAUUCCGUACUGUCUUUGAACGAUAUAAGAGGAAAACGGGAGGAUUAAAGAUUUAACGGUAGGUCCUUUAAACUCGUUCUUUACCGAGGACAUGAGAAGAUUUUCUUAGUCUUAGGUCUUAUCAUCUUACAUACACGCAAGGCGCUGAGAAGCGAAAAUCGCAAGAACGCGUCCGUGUUGCAUUAGAUGAGAAAUCGACACUCUAGAAGCGGAUGUGAAGGCCAGAACCUGCUGUGGACGAAUGUAUCACCUUUUCCAUGUGACUAUCUUAAACAUCGAUUACGAGCUAUGCUCGUUAUCUGGCGAAUCAACCAGGAGUUGUUAGGAUUCCGUCAUUUUCGUGGCUACUGGCGGUACAGGGUUGCAGAAGAAAAAGGCCUCUUCACCGCUCCGCUUUUUUUCUUCCGUUGAGCCGACACAUUCCUCGAAAACGCCCUCAUAGACUCAUUGUCGGCAUAGAAUUCAUUUACCACACAAAAAUGGCAACGACACUUUUUACGGCGCUCAGAGGCGAAAGCAAUGAUUUGGCUGUGGUUGACACGUAUCUCAAUGCGAAGCUAAGCUAUGCCGAGUUUCGUAUUGCCGUUAUGGACCUCCAGCGGCAAUUGGCGAAUUUGGGCAUUUCAAAAGGCGACCCCAUCAACAUUGUGAUUCCCAAUGGUCUUGAGUUUGUAGUUGCUUUCUUUGCUACGUCGUGGCAACGAGGCCUUUGUGGCCCUUUGAAUGCCAAUUACAAGCAAAAAGAGUUUGAGUUCUAUAUGGAGGACUUGAAGAGCAAGCUCGUGCUCGUCCCCUAUGGAGCCAUUGCCGCUAAGCAUCCUGCUGUGGCUGCUGCCAGUCAUCUCGGCAUCCAGUUUGCUGAGUUGCGCUAUGAUAGCACCAGUAAACGUAUUGUAAUUGCUUCUGUGCAUGGUCCUUCUGUUGGUAAGCCUCAACCUCUUGCAUUGCCCCAGCCCAGCGAUGUUACGCUCGUGUUGCACACCAGCGGCACCACUGGCCGACCAAAAGUCGUUCCUUUGACUCAUGCAAACUUGUGCACGACACUCCGAAACAUCAUCACCGCGUAUCGUUUGGACUCCCGCGAUCGUUCGUACGUAGUGAUGCCGCUUUUCCACGUUCACGGUCUCGUUUGCGGCUUAUUGUCUACUUUGGGCUCUGGAGGUUGUGCUGUUAUUCCUAAACGUUUCUCAGCACACUCUUUUUGGAAGGAGUUUGUGGAAAAUGAAGCUACUUGGUAUACCGCUGUUCCUACCAUCCAUCACAUCUUACUGAACACCCCCGUGCCAAACCCCCUUCCUCGCAUUCGUUUCAUUCGUUCCUGUUCGUCGCCUCUUGCGGCAACUGUGCUUACAAAGCUUGAAGAAACGUUCCGUGCCCCCGUGCUCGAGGCUUACGCUAUGACGGAAGCUGCUCACCAAAUGACCACAAACCCUCUUCCGCCCGCUGUUCAUAAGCCCGGCACCGUUGGGCUUCCUUUUGGUGUCGAGCUUCGCAUCCUCGACAAUGACGGUAACUCUGUCCCUCAGGGUCAAACCGGUGAAAUUAGUGUUCGUGGUACGAAUGUCACGAAGGGUUAUUUGAACAAUCCUUCUGCCAAUGCCUCUUCGUUUACCUCCUCCGGUUUCUUCCGUACCGGUGACGAAGGCUUCUUGGACAAGGAUGGCUUUGUCGUAAUCACUGGUCGUAUUAAGGAACUCGUUAACCGCGGUGGUGAGAAGAUUUCUCCUGCAGAGGUGGACGCUGUUGUUGUCCAGCAUCCAAAGGUUAACGAGGCUGUUUCUUUUGCCGUACCGGACGAGAAGUAUGGCCAAGACAUUCAAUGCGCUAUUGUUGUCCGUCAAAACGAAACUGUAACGCCUGAAGAGCUCAAACAGUUCCUCUCUACGCGUAUAUCAGCUUUUAAGAUUCCCAAGAAGUUUUACUUCACUCAAACCAUUCCUAAAACAGCUACAGGCAAGGUCCAGCGGCGCCUCGUAUGUGAAGCUUUCUUUAUGAAAUCCAAGGCUAAGUUGUAAUGCCUUCUGGAUGUCAAGUAUCAAGUUGUUUUUAUUUGUUAGGACUUACGCAUAGCUCUCUUGUCUUUUAUGAUAUAACAUUACCCUCUACCCAAACAUGAAAUCUUGUUGAAAGCGCCAGUGUUUGCACAUUCUUCCGAGAAGGCAAUUACUUCUCUUUUCUUUCCGCUACUACUAGCUACUACUACUUUCCGGGCACUUCACUGCACCUCGUACGGACUCAUUAAGGCAUACGACUUGGAAUAGCACACUAACUAUUCAAG